CGUUUCAAUGAACUCUCGGAAAGAGAGAAAUUUUUUACCGUAUGUGGUAUGAACAAUGUUUUUGAUGCCACUGAUCACAUAUCAGGUGGCCAUGUAGACACAGCAGCUGAAGAGCUUAAAAAUCAGAUUAUUGGUAAAGAAUUUGACGACCUCAAAUAUGAACAAAUCGGAAAAGUCGAUGAUGAAUGGUGGUGCUUAUGAAGCAAAAAAAGUUUGUAAAUUUAAACAGAGCUCUAUACUCCAGGUUGGGUAGAGUUUCUAAAGACGAGUUUGCCAUGGCGAAAAUACUCAGCCACGUAGUAGAGACCUAUGUACACUACGAAAAGUAUUUAUUGCCUGAAGUUUUUAACAAUUUAGUGGAAGCAAGUGUAAUCAUCAAGUUCUGGUCAACGGCCAUUGAAGCUUUGUUUUCUGUUACAAAUUUGGUUGUCAACUGGGGCGAUACCAUCUCUUAUGGUCCAGUAAAAACGAACAGAAAAAUGGAUCUAAGAAUCCUAUAAAACCUGGACAAAGUCAGUAACGACGUCGCGAAUGGUGAAUUUGGAAGAUCGGUGUCCGAAAACAAAUAUGAUGAGGACAAAACAAAGCUGGUUUUGAAUGGCAAAAGCCAACUGAACAAUAUUUUAAAAGUUACACAUAACAACAGCAUCAGAGUAGCCUUGCUACUAAUUCAAGGUCUACAAGCAGAAUUGUAUUCGCUACGUCUUCGAGACAAUGGAUUGUAUCUAUUAGAAAAAUUGAAGAGCUUCCGUUUUCCAAAGAAAUCAACAUUUCUUUCGGACAUGAAUGAAUUUGUCGAUGGUAUGUCUAUUUUGCGCACAUUAUGUGUGAAUUCAGUCGAGCUCUACAAUGAAGCAUUGC